UCUCUCUCUCUCCCUACAUACACGCACGCAAACACACACAGUUACAUCACCUCAAAUUCAUGUUCAUUAUAGAUAGAUUCCUAAGCCAUUAACAUCCCUAUAAUCUUACCCGUUCCGAACAACGCCAUCAAUCCUCUUCGCCCUAAGCCGUCCCUUUCCAUCUCAAUUUUCCUGAUCAUCCCUCGCCAUCCGGUAAUCUUGUAAAAUGAUAAUACGACACUAUCACUGGAUUCGGUGAAAUAAUAACGUGUCAGCUGUUACAUUAAUUAACUGAUGUACGGUCGGAAAGUCACGUUAUUGGUAUUAUAGUCACAAAAUAUGUAUUUUUUAUUUUGUGUACACAGUAUUUUUCCCGAACGACAAUUUCUUUUUAUUGGACUGAGGGAAAGAAGGGAGAGAGAAAGAGAGAGAGAGAGAAGGAUGGUUUUUGCCUCUGGCUCGGACGUAAAUAGAUUUAUUCGAUUCCGUCUGUGAUCGAGAAUGUUUUCUCGCGCGUUUUCCAGGGAACGGACACUACGGAAGAAGAAGUGAAAAAGUUCACGUGGCGUGCCAUCGGCAAACAUCCGAGACGACGUCGGGGAAGUGUGCGACGCCGGCGACCUGCGACUGCGAUUGCGAUUGCUAAAUUCCCACUUGCCCCGAGGAUAUGUUAUUUCUGAAGGCACAGGUUCGCAUCGCGCGGAUCAAAUGUGCCCGCAAUGGCGGCGGAAAGUGGGCCAGGUCGGCUGUCGGAGCCGAGCCGAUGCAACCAGGAGACGUCAGUUGCGGCGGCGAUGAGACACGAACGACGAGACAACGACGUUAAGGUGCGAUCGCCUGGAAUGAAGCAUUGAGAUAAAGACCCACGCGCAUUACCGAUGAGCGCCUGAAGUUUAUGACGAGAUCUCGCCGGUUGCAGACCGCGAGCUCGGAACUCGAAUUUGCGAUAAAGAAUCGCGCCGGUCAGUGCGUCGAGUGCCUACUUUCCAGAGUCGUCUCUUCCGUCAUGCGAACGGAAGUCGGUGGACGUGCGGCGACGAGCGUCGCGCGGGGCUUCUCGUCGGGCCUGUACCCGGUGACCCGGGUGAGCACGAGAUGAAAGCGCGCGUCGCGUUCACAUCGCGAGAUGUCGUCGGGACUGACUGGAUGAAGGACGGGAGAGGACGGGACGGGAUGAGGACGGUCGGGCAAGUGUCCGCGGCGAUCGGCCGCGGCGGCGGGUCGAGACGUCGUACGCUGAUGCUGCUGGUCGCGAUCGCGUGCUGCUGCUGGCUGCUGCUGAUCGGCGAGUGCGCCGGGCAGAAGCCGAUCAACCUCGGCGGCAGCAAGAAGCGCGACGUCUACAUCGCCGGCUUCUUCCCGUACGGCAAUCACGUGCCGGAGGGUCACAUCGGCCGCGGCGUCAUGCCCGCGGUGAAGCUCGCGGUGGAGCACAUCAACGAGCACCCGACCAUACUCAGGGACUAUCGACUGCAUAUGUGGUGGAACGACACGGAGGUGAGUUCCUCUGUAAGAUACGACAAAAUCCCUGAACGCUAGUUAGCGAAUCCCUAAAUGCGAAUUUCUCUUCCUUCACUUUUUUCAGUAAGGUUACACCUAUUCCUCUCUAAUGUUACGCUCUUUCCACUUUUGUCUCUCUUUCUUCUUUCUUUUUCCAAUUAUCCUCAUCCUUAUACAUUGUUGAAGGCAGUUUCUUUUUCAUUAUUAUUUGAUUACGGGCCCGCCCAAGUCUUUUGCCGAGUCGUCGUUAUCGCACAAGGGUCGUUAAAGAUUAAUAAAUUAUUACCUCGCUUAUAACUUUUUCCAUCACUGCUCAAAUAUAUUUCUCGAUCCAGAAUUCCUAAUCGUUAAAUAAAGAAUGAUGUUAUUUCAUUACUGUGAUCUGAUAUGUGGUAAUGUGAGGAUAAGAGAUACACUGGCCAUUAGAGACUCCAGAUGUUUGGCUGCGCAACUGAAAUAACGUGUCCAAUCGAAAAUUGAUAAAUUAUUAGCAGAUUUGGAUAUAUUUAUAUCUUCUUUCGUUAUUCUCCAGAUACAUUUCUCAAUCUUCAUUAAAUUGAAAACGAUGAUUGAUCAGAAUUUCUCAAGACUUUUCAUUAAAAUGUCAAGACUUUUAUCCCUCAUUUUUUCUACUUUCUAUUAAAAUGCAAGGGAUCAAAUUUGAUACGUAAGGGAAAAAGUAGUAUUAUGAAAUCCUAUUUCAUUUUAAUAGCUUGGAAGCGUCCAAUUUCGGUAAAUGUAUUUAAUGAAACAUCAAUUU